AUGCUUUUUGAGAAAUUAUAUUCGGAUGUCCAUUUCCAACUGGAGGAUCAUUCUGCCGAAUUCAGUGUUGGAGACAGGAUCAAGGGAACUGUUCUCAUUACCCCACGAAAAAGCAUCUCGCCACAGCAAUUGAGCAUAUCUUUCGAAGGCAAGGUCAACAUAAAUAUUGACAGGACCGAAAACGCCGUACCACUUGCACCAUCGACAGCAUACCAGACAUUCCUCCAUAUGGAAGAGCCACUUGAACUUAAGCAUCUGUUACAACCUGGUCUGCUACUUCAAGCUGGAUUAAGAUACAAGAUCCCAUUUGAAUUUGUGGUUCCUUCUGGGAUACCGCAUCAGAUAUGCCAGCAUCCUUGUCACCACAUGCAGGUUCGUCAAGAACAUCUGCUACUUCCUCCGAGUAUUGGACAACAUGAUAUGACACCCGAAGCAAUAUCAAUUACAUACAGUAUAAAUGUCAGAACGACUAAAGGAAUUCGUCGAGAUGGAGUGUCAACAGUCGCUCAAUGGGUGCUGCCAUUGGCUAUUCACUCACCGCGGCCAGAACGAGCACCUGUGCUAGUGCCAGAAGACAGCAAGUUCUACUGUCUCUCUCAAAAGAAGCGCAUCACCAAGUCCCUGUUAUCUCUGACCCAACAGGGAACUUUAUCGGUGCGGGCGACACAACCAACAGCUAUCCGACAACGAGAACCCGCAAUUGGAUACAUACCAGUUGACUUACAGUAUCUAGCCAUUUCCCAGCAACAUUUGCCACAGGUGUCGUUGAUAUGUGUUAGGCUGAAUGCUGUUACAAUAUUCGGUGAGAAACCAGAAGUACAUCUUCCAGAGGCAAUGGGCUCUUUGGAGGGGGACCAAUAUCGACGCUUCCACGAACAAAGAGAACCAUUAGGAUGUUCAACCCCAGGACCGUUGGAGUGGCAUAAACAUUAUCCAGACGACCAAUCUACACUCGAAGCUGACACAUCGAAAGAAGUUUAUAAUGCUUCGUUGAAGGUGCUUAUCAAGCUCCCGGAGCAGUUAAACCUGCCUCCAACCUUCAGUUGCUGUCUUGUUUCGCGAAUAUAUUCGUUAACAGUGACUCUUCAACUUCGAAUACCAGGACAAUGGAGCAAAAAUCCCAGCAUCUCAAUGACAGUCCCGGUUCAGAUCUGCUCGUAGACUUGGAACGGGAACUUUGAUCGUUUUAACUGAUG